AUGAUCAACGCCGUCCUCGUCUUCAAUAACGCGGGUCAGCCCCGUCUGACCAAAUUCUACACUCAAAUCGACACCCAAACCAAACAAUCCCUCAUCGAACAAAUCUACAAACUCGUUGCCCAACGCCCCGCCAGCGCCUGCAACUUCCUCCCCCUCCCACCUCUCCUCUCGCAAGGCGCACGCUCCGGAGUCGAGAACGGCCCCUCCGACGCCCCCACGCAAAUCACCUACCGCACCUACGCGACCCUCUCGUUCAUCAUGAUCUCCACGUCGACGGAAUCGCCCCUCGCGCUGAUCGACCUGAUCCAGGUCUUCGUGGAGGCGCUGGACCGCAUGUUCGAGAAUGUCUGCGAGCUGGACCUCAUCUUUGGGUAUGAGACUAUGCAUGCCGUGCUCAGUGAGAUGAUUGUCGGCGGGGUGGUGGUCGAGACGAAUUUGGAGAAGAUCGUGGCUGGGGCCUCGGAAUCAUCGGCUACGGCAUGGCCAGCCAACCUCCGCCAAAAGCUACCAUCCACCAAGACACUCCACAUCCACGACAUCAAUACCGAGACCUGCAAGAAACUAGUCGCCGAGUACAGCAGCCACGGCAAGAUCGAAAUCGCACCGUCUGCCAAAGAACUGACCUCGAAAUGUCACACCGUCCUGUCGAGUCUCCCAGCCGGCAAACAUGUCCGACAGGUCUACCUCGACGCCGAGCACGGGGUGAUCACAGCGUCGAAAGACCCAGAGCGUCUCCUUAUUGAAUGCAGCACCAUCAAGAUCGAAUCCACGAUGGAGUUCGGCAAAACCAUCAUCGACGCCGGUCUGGGCACGUUCGUCGACGCCACCGUCUCGGGUGGGGUCUGGGGCGCGAAUUCGGGGUCGCGCACGAGGGAUCUGGAUCAUACCUCCCUCUGGCUUCGUAUCAAUGGCAUUGUAGAUGGUUUUGUCAAGUCCCCCAAAGCAACUCGUCUCUAG